GACUAGAAAAAACGUAGAGGAAGAAGUGAGAAGAGUCAGUGGGAGUCAUGAUCUAGCAGGGUUGGAUCAUCAUUGAGACAGUGGUCUGCGUCAGUCGUGAAGAAGAUCUCGCAGAAGAUUCAAACUAUGCAGCCGUAUCACAUUAUCCUAAUCUUCCUCGCGAGUAUAGUACUCGCGAGAUAUCAUGAAAAGACGCGUUUUGAUCGUUCCGUUCAUAACACGGACGUGAGGGAUAUAGAAAAACAGUGGUCUUUUACUGACAACAUAACGCAAUUCAUUGCAUACAAGAGCAGAAAGGAGAACGAUUGCUAUCUUGAGAAUAUAAAGCAAGAUCAAAAUCUAUCACAUAAGAAACGGCAACCAAAGAUACUUUAUGCAUCAAUAGCUCUCACAAAAUUGGAGGCAUGGCAACUUGCUGGAGGUCGAAUUGUUGAUUUCUGUAAUGGACAAAGGAUCAUCUUGCUGCAGACAAAUAAACCUAUACCUGGGCAAACUCUCGAUCCUUUUCUAAAUGAAAUCCCUGUAGAUGAAAAUGAUAUUUUUCCAAGACGAAUAAUUGAUGUGAUUUUAACACCACUGAAAGCUCGAAUCAAGAGACAAAUUCAAUUCGAACAACGAGAAAUGUUGAACGAAAAUUCCAACAAAAUUCGCCUGAUUCGUCAACAGACGAACCAGUUUCGAGGAAAAUUUCGCGGACAAACGCAAUCUCAAUAUUUGAAUCUCGGUAACCAUGAACAGAAGGAAGGCAAGGCGGAAGCUGAAGCUACUCAGCUAUCUUCACGCGCAGUAGUUAGUGGUAAUCGUGGUAUGGGUCAAGCACAAAGCAUGUCGUCAAGUGGUCCAGGUUGUGAAGAUUGUCCUGGAUAUUUCGGUAUAAAGAAAAGUCCGGAUAGGACAUUGCUCACGGGUACUGAUAGAUAUGUACAAGGCUCAGCUAUUACCGGUACACCUGUUAUAACACGUCCUGGAACAGAAGUACCUGCAGGCGUACUUUAUCCUGGUGACGUUACUCCUGGUAGACAGAUAACAUAUCCUGGCGGAGUGAUUCCUGGAAGAGUUGAUACUUAUUCAGGUGUUCCUGGAGUUAGUCCAGGAAUUUAUCCGGGAGGUAUUCAACCUGGAACCGUGACGCCGGAAACUGAUAAAAUAUAUCCUGGAGGUGUUCGUCCAGGUACUGUGACUCCAGGGACUGAUCAUGGAAUAUAUCUUGCCGGUGUUCGACCUGGAACUAUAAUGCCAGGGAGUGAUACAAGAUACGCUGGAGGUGUUCGGCCUGGCACUAUGGCUCCAGGGGUUGGUAUAACAUAUCCUGGGACUGUUCAGUCUGGCACUAUGGCUUCAGGAAUUGGUGCGGCAUAUUCUGGAGAUAUUCGGCCUGGCAUUAUAAUUUCAGGAGUUGGUACAACAUAUCCUGGAACUGUUCAGCCUGGCACUAUGAUUCCAGGAGUUAGUGCAACAUACCCUGGAAGUAUUCGACCUGGCACUGUGAUUCCAGGAAUUGGUGUAACAUAUCCUGGAGUUGUUCAACCUGGAAGAGUUGUACCGGGAAUAACAACAGAAGUUGGAACAGGUAUUGAAACAUAUCCAGGCGGAAUAUAUCAACCUGGAGUCCAUGCAGGACAAGGUACUCAUCCUUCUGAUGGGGUAGUAACUACCUCAAUAACAACGGGUGCUACUGCUGUUACCGGCGUUAAUACGUAUCCGAGUGGUAUAACACCUGGAAAAGGCUUAUCAGUAACAUAUCCGGGAGUUUCUGAAACAAGAAUUUAUCCCGGAGCUGGAAUCUAUCCUGACUAUGCUCGAUCUAAAACUGUCUCAGGAACAAGAGCCGACACAUAUCCCGAUGGCGUUGCACCAGGAAGAACAGAUCAAGGAAUUUAUCCCAGUGAUAGACAACAGACUGGCACGUCUUAUAUCGGUGGCCUUCCAUCAACUCUGCCAGGACAAAUGGACACGACUACAGGUUCAGUAGGUGCUGAUACACAAAUAAUAACUUAUCCAAGUGGUCAAAUAACAGAAGGACAAGCAAUUUAUCCAAGUGAUACUAUUCAAUCUAGUAGAAUUCCUGAAGGAAUAAGUGGUGCUCCAGGGACUAAAGUUAUGUAUCCGAUUGGUACAUAUCCCGGAAGUGCUACUAUACCAGUUACAUAUCCCGGAAGUGGCACAUAUCCUGCAAGUAGUAUGGAACAAGUUACUUCUCCCGGUGUUAUUUUAUAUCCCGAUCAAGCAAUCUAUCCUGGUGGAGUUGACCAAGUAUCACCAUACCCAAGCGGACAACGUCCAGGCGCAAGCACUGACAUUUUUAGAAGACCAGAUAAACCAGAAGGUUUUCAAUAUCCUACAGUUACAAUCGAUGGUCAAAGAACAACUGGGGAAACAAGAAUAGAUAUCACUGGCCAAUAUCAUGGUUCAUAUCCUGGCGAAAUCAACGGUCAAAAAAUAGGAAUUGGUCAAUAUCCAGGAAAAUCUUUCACAGAAAUGGGUGAAACGGCAGGAACCGGAGAAAUAUCGCAAGGUGGAGACCCAGGUAGACCAAUGGGUGUAAUGGACAACGGUGCCGAAUCGCAGGCGUCAAGCUCCGUACAGCAGAUAGAGUCAGGUACUCAAGCGAGCGCAUCGGCUCAAGGUAAAUAUGGCUCGGGUACGGCUCAAUCACAGGUAACGGGCACUUACAGCGGCUCAGGUACCUUCUCUGCCCAGGCCGGUACCAGCGAUGCCAAUAAAAGCGCUCAGACUGAGAUUAGUGGCGGCAAAGAAGGAGCUACCAGUAUUGCGCAAGGCAUAGCUGAUCACGGUAAGAGUCAGACGCAAGUUCAUCUGGAUUCCGAUUCCGGAGCUACUUCGACAGGCGCCCAGAGCAGUGGGUGGAAUCAUGGUACUAAUUCUCAGGUACAAGCAAGCUCCAGAGGCGGAAUGGCGGACGCUCAGGCUAACGGCGAAGGUAGCACCUCUAGUCAAGCGCAAAUCGGCUUCCAGCCAUACUUAAAGGACGAACAUGAGAAGGUGGAGGAAAACGUAACACCGUUCCGCGGUAGCGGAACGGCAUCGGCUCAAAGCGGCAUUCAUCAAGGUCAAUCCCAAUCGCAGUUGCACGGCUCCUUCCAAUAUGGAAUCACCUACACCGGUGCAGCUCAAGCUGGUUCUGGAUCCGGCGUCGCAUUAUCACGGAAACCCUUCAAUUUUAACAUCACCGAUACUGUUGUUUCUAAGCCCUUCAAAUCGGAUCCUCUUUUAAAGAAACUGGCGAACAUCGAUAGUGCGAAAUUGAGUCCACCAACAAGUCAAAAUUACGAAAAUAAGCAAGACGAUCGCGAAAAAGGCUUGCAGAGUAGAUUGACCUCAAAACAGACUGUUAUUGUGAAUUCCAAGAACAAUCCAUCUAAUAAUAAAAAAGUGAGAACUGCUGAGAAAUUACAAACGAAUGAUUCGAUAUAUGACGAAUAUGACGAAUAUGCGGAUGAAGAAGAUUAUUCCAUGGAUUCAAGGUUGACAAUUCAGGAGAAGUUUUCGGAAAUAUUGCCAAAUCCAGAUCAUCAAAAACUCAGUAAAACUACUCAACAACAAAAUCACAGUCAAAAACAAACAAUACAGAUCGCCAAGGGAAAUCAGUACGGUAUUCAAGUCAACCAAGAUUUGAACGUACCGCAAACGGGCGAUACCUUGCAACCAGGAGAAUCUGUGCCAGGAUAUACUAUUCCGGUUGGCUUUCGUGGUAGAGUAAUAUCGACGUCUGGUACUAAGACUAUCGCUCAAGGUGAUGGCGAGUCUCAAUCGCAAACUGUAUCCUUGAUACCAAAAGAUUUGAAUAACACCAAGUCGCCCGUCACGAAAACUAGGUCACUUCAAACCAAUCACGAACGUUAUGCCAGUCGGCACAUAUCGAAUAGUAAGAUCCAAAAUUCUUUUGUUAAUCAAAAUGUAUCUUCUGAUAAGCACACGAGACCUACUUCCGCAGUGGCUAUGAAACCGAGCUACUAUACUGUAACUAAUAGUUUUGCUGGUAAGAUAAAUGGAAGCAAUGAGCCGAAAAAAUACGAACAUCGAUAUUAUACCAAGAGUUCCACUUGCGGAUAUUUCACGUUCUCUUGCAAUGUCGUGUAUGGUUCCAAUGGCAGAACAAAAAUUUGUAAGCCAAAACUGCCGACAUAUCCCGAUGGCACGCCUAUGAAAUGUUGAAUAACCAAAACUUAUUCGUCGUGAGAUGUAACAAUAAUUAUUUUCUAUAAUUGCUGAUUCUAUAAAGCAUCAUGCGUUCAAUCAUUUUUCGCUUCACCUAUAACAUAAAAAUAAAAUUCAAGUAAGUAGUUUACUUGAAGUAAAUUACAUUAUAUUUGAUUAAUUAUUAAUUACUUACACGUGCACCAUAUUUCGCAUUGUAACUGCAAUUCAUCCUAUCAUAAAUUUAAAUUGUAUAUUUUGCACUCUUCAGCAGCUUUCAGCAAGUAAAAUAAAUGUAAAAAUAAAACAUAUAUCACAGAAAACUCUCAAUCUCAUGCAUCAAUAAAGACUAUAACUUUUUCGAAAAAUUUAUAAGAUUGAAAGUUAUAUUUGUUAGAUAUACUUUAACAUUAUAGUUUCUUUAUUGAGAUAUUCUAAAUUAUUGAUUAUAUAGCAUAAUAAACAUGUUAUACUACAUUAACUGCAACUAUUUAUUAAGUUCUUUUUUUCAAUAAAAUACAUUUUAAAUAGGACAAAAA